AUACACCUCAUGUAUCCUCCGAAUUCCCGUGAAAGAAGGUCUCAUUUGAAGUGUUCUACUCGCUUUUAUGAAACGAGACAGCCUCGAUGACGUAUGCGGCCGAGAACUGCGACCUCCGGAGGACGCAUCCUUCGAAAUGAGACACAGCUGGCAACACUGGGUGCUUCAGCCUUUAUCUGCAGGAAGUCUCGACACAAAUUCGGGCUCUGCUAGGGAUGCUGUCCAUAACGUUAUCUCAGACUGCCUGUGCUUCAGUAAAAAGGAAGGAGGUCUGGAUUCAAGCCAUGCUUCACUGAUUAUUUCAGAUAUACAUGGUGUGCUGAACUGACCUGGGAUCACAGCCCGUUUCCUCAGCAUGGGGAUAGCUGUAGCCAAAAUCUUCUGCCUGCUGGGGGUCUUCGCCCUCAUGUUGGGGGGGAUCCUUAUCCCUGUACGGAUGAUGCAGACACCGUUUGAUAAAGUCACAAGGUACAGAAAAGUGGUUGCAUUCAGCAAUUCUUUUGGAGGAGGUGUAUUCCUGGCUACCUGCUUCAAUGCCCUUCUACCAACGGUUAGAGAUAAGGUUGAGGAAGUCCUGAAAAUGGUAAACGUCUCCACGGACUACCCAUUGGCAGAGACGAUGAUGAUGCUUGGGUUUUUCCUCACAGUAUUCGUCGAACAGGCCGUACUGACUUUCCGCAAAGAGAAGCCCUCAUUUAUUGACUUGGAGACAUUUAACGCCGGUGGCUCGGAGGCAGGGAGCGACUCUGAAUACGAUACUCCUUUCAUUGCCACCCCUCGUGGUACAGCUGGAGCCCACCAGCACCAUUCUCAUAACCAUGGGCACUUUAGCCCUACAGAACUGACUCGUGCUGGGCCGUUGAGGUUGGCUAGCCUGGUGCUGGCGCUUUCCGCUCAUUCUGUUUUUGAGGGUCUCGCUCUGGGCCUUCAGGAAGAUGGAGCUAAGCUUGGAAGCCUCUUCAUUGGAGUGGCCAUCCAUGAGACGCUGGCAGCCGUGGCACUAGGGGUUAAUGUAGCAAAGGCAGGAGUGCCCCUACGGGAUGCCAGUAAGCUGGGCAUAACAGUAAGCCUAAUGAUCCCUCUGGGCAUCGGUAUUGGCAUGGGUAUUGAGACAGCCCAGAACUUGGCAGGAAGUAUUAUCUCUGUUGUGCUCCAGGGUCUGGCAGCCGGCACAUUCCUCUUCAUAACGUUCUUUGAGAUCCUUUCACAAGAGCUAGAAGAUAAACAUGAUAGGCUACUGAAGGUGCUAUUUCUUAUUGUGGGCUACGGUAUACUAGCAGGUCUUAUCUUUAUCAAAUGGUGAAGGGGUUCAGAAUUUCAGAGUUAAACAUGCCAACCAUUAUAAACAACAGGUUCAGUAAGUUUACUGUAAAAUUACUAAUAUUCUCUAUUGCAAAACUCUAUGUUUUACAUUGGAUAAAACUGCUGUAUUAUUUUAACAGAUUGAAAAUGCCUUUUUGAUAAACAUUAACUUAUUUAUUACGUUUAACAAAAUGCCGCUCAUUGUUUAUGAAUAACCACUGUAUAAACAUCAUCUGUGUGUCUUAUGAAUUUAAUGGUAUGAGACCCAGAUGUACCCAGAACUUGUUGCCACUCCGGUAAUUUUUUUUACCCAUCUUUUAUGUAAAUGUUUUAUUUUUAAUUAUUUGCUUUUAGAUACCGUUAACUGAAUGUAAAUGUAUUAUGAGAGUAAGCAAGAAUCUAAAAAAAAUCAUGCAGCCAGAUUGGGUAAAUGUUGUUGAGAACUUUGUGUUGAAGUUGGCCAGUUUUUUUUACAUUGAGUUCAGUUUGGAUAAGUCCUCAGAAUUCAGUCCAACUGCCAGAGAUAGGAGUUACUUGACACAGAAUAGUGUACUGUGGGGGAAAAAAAAGAAAUGAAAUUAGACAUAGCUAACUUUUUAAAGGAAUAUUCCGGGUUCAAAACAAAUUAAGCUCAAGCGACAGUAUUUGUGGCAUAGUAUUGAUUACCAAAAGAAUAUAUUUUGACUCAUUCCUCCUUUUCUUUAUAAAAAGCAAAAAUUGAGGUGACAGUGAGGCACUUAUUGUACUAUGGAAGUGAGUGUGGCCAAUUUUUGAUCAUUAAAUACUCACCAUUUCAAAAGUAUAGACACAAGACAUAAAGAAUGUGUGUUGAUAAUCACAAACCUUUUCUGUGUAAAGUUAUAGCUAAUUUGAUAACUUUGUUACCAUGACAAUGUAAUGUCAACAAACCCUAAAACGACUGUAAACAUAAUAAUUUAAACAACUUAACAACUCAAAUAAUACAUUUGAACAGAAGAAUUAAUGUAAGUGCUUUUAUAAAAUUAUAAGCUUCAAAUUUUUGUUUAAACCCUCCAAAAAUUGGCCCCAUUCACUUUCAUUUUCCCCAUUCACUUCCAUUGUAAGUGCCUCACUGUAAAAGCGAUUUUUGCUUUAUUUAAAGAAAAGGAGGAACGAUUGUGUGUAUUGUUGAUUGUGGUAAUCAACAUUAUGCCACAAAUGGUGUCGAAUGAGCUGAACUUGUAGUGAACCCGAACAUUCCUUUAAGCCAGGGGUUCUCAAUGGGGGUUGCCAGGGGGCACUGAGAGCAAAUUAGCGGGGGGGGGGGGGGGUUGUGCAAAUGGAUGGUGUUUAUCAAUCAUGUUGAUCAAAUCUAUCGUCAAGUUCCUGUUGGCAUUAAAAUGUUAAUCUAGACCAUUAUACGGGUUGGUAUGCAUUUGUACUGUGGAAAAAACAAUACUGUAAAAUGCUACUAACCAUGUGAUUGUAGGACUUCGACAGGCUUAUCAACUUUUACAAGGGAGAAGAAAAAGCUUCCCAUAUAGUUGUCAUCAUAUGCUGUGCUUCCAAUUAAACAAUUCUGUAUUUUGGCUCAA